UUUCCGAGGUAUAUUGAAGAGGGGUGGUGGAAGUCGUCGUCGAUCCAUGCUACUGCGGCACUGUAGUGGUGACUAACGGAGCGAAACUUCCAUAUAGAGUCAUUCUAUUCCGACUGAUUAACACUGGUGUUCAUAUCGCAUAAGUUGGUGGAGCUUCUUAGGAAGCUGUCGAGACCCUAGACUCGAGAUGAUCCUCUUGGAAACGAACAACAAAAUCGUCGAAGACAUACUGAGAGUGAAGUUCAGCAACCACAAGGCCGGGUCUAAGGCAGACUAUGUGGAUGCAACCGUGGCCGACUUUGACGGUGUUCUCUUCCAUCUCUCCAAUCCAGCGGGCGACAAGAGCAAAAUCAGAUUGUCUAUAGCCCUCAAAUUCUACAGAGAACUGCAGGAUCAUGGCGCGGAUGAGCUUUUGAAGCGAGAGUAUGGCGAACUCCUUGAAGCCACACCCGAGGAGAUGUACAAUGUGUCCAUCCUGUUCGACAUGGAUGCGCUUCCGGAGGAUUUCGAGCCCCUCGUCAAGAAAGCUGGUCUGCUCAAGCGGAAUUGCUUCGCGUCCGUAUUCGAGAAAUAUUUCGAGCAUCAAGCCAAACUGGCUGAGAACCCGGAAGGAGGAGAUCUCAAACGCGCAGUGAUUCACUACAGGGACGACGAAACAAUGUACGUCGAAGCGAGUCACGAUCGCGUUACGGUGAUCUUUUCCACAAUUUUCAAAGAUGAGGACGACGUUGUCAUUGGCAAGGUCUUCAUGCAAGAGUUCAAGGAGGGCCGCAAGGCUUCUCACACGGCUCCGCAGGUCUUAUUUAGUCACAGAGAACCUCCGCGGGAACUCCAAAACACGGAUGCGAUGACCGGAGACAAUAUCGAUAUCUCACAUUUCGGCGGAUACAUCACCUUCGUGUUAUUCCCGAGACACACCUCAGCUCAAGCCCGGGAUAACACAAUCAAUCUCAUCCACAUGUUCAGAGACUACUUGCACUACCACAUCAAGUGCUCGAAAGCCUACAUCCAUUCGAGGAUGAGAGCGAAGACAUCGGAUCUGCUCAAGGUGCUCAACCGUGCUCGACCUGAGACAAAGAACGUGGAGAAGAAAACGAUCAGUGGCCGAACCUUCACCCGGACCUGAUUCGCCGUCGAUGCCGAUGUCGAAUCUAUUCCGGGUCCUGGACGCCGAGUCCAUUCCUCCAGAACUGCUUCCUCGAGGCCGUCGCUUGAUGAGCCGCUCCAGAGCGCGAUGAAAGUUCUAUCUUAAAUUAAGAAUAUUCGCCAACUGCCAACGAAGAUGCGGGAUAGUGGAAAUGAUUCUGAAAGCGAUAGUACAAGUCGCGCAUUCUGGGAUAUAGCGCCGACCCCGAGUUCCUGUAAUAAAACGAACCAUGGUC